AUGACUUACUUUGAUCUAAGAUAUGCUCUCCCAUAUGUUAUUAACAUUCUGAAAUCACAGGUUGCCAUGCCCUGGGAUUGGGAUUCAUUUGAUAUUAUGGGUCAUCUCACUUGGGUGAAGUUUUCGUUUGUCUUCAUUCUCUUCAUCACCUUCUCCUCCAUCUCCAUCGGCUUACCUCUAACUUGUCCGGUGGGCUAUAUACGUGUCCAAAGACAAGAUUUCUCGGCCAUGUUCACUGUUUCAUUCUUGGUCUCACUUUUAUGCCCACAAGUUCUUUUCUGGUCCAUUUAUCCCAUCAUCUUGUUACUUUUUGCAUGUUCUUCAUGUCUUCUCAAUAUAUUCAGGAGCCUUCUGUCGUGCAUAAGAGAGUUCCUCUCCACUGUUCCUGAUUUGAACAUAUUUAUAACUGCGACAAACACUGAUGUGGCCAACCCAGAAGCUCAACAGGUGAACCAGGGAGAUAUGGGGAUUGAUGAAGCAGAUGUGGAAGCACAAGUGUAG